AUGGAGCAGUCUGCGUAUUUUGGCGGUGGUCAAGUACAUGGUGGCAAUGCGUCAGUCUACCUUGGUCGUGUAUUUGAUCCACAGAGAGCAUAUGCUGCAAGGGCUUUCGGAGAAAAUAGAAUGGCAUUUGCUAGAGCUAUUCCUGCCUAUCAUAGAGCUCCUCACCACGUCAAUAAUAGUGCCUACUAUCCUGUUGCUCGUGCUUAUGGAGAAAAUCAUCAAGUCAGCUAUCCCAAUGCGCCUCGUGAUAAUACUAGCGUCUACUUUCACCCUGUCCGUCCUCGCGAAAAUCUUCAAGUCAGCUAUCCUGGAGCUUCUAGUGGAAACGAUAUUCAUGUCAGCUAUCCUACCGCUUCUCAUGCUGAUACCAGUGAAUACUUUCAAGAUCUGAAUAUGGAUGGUGCUCCUGCUCGUCCUUCUGGCGAAAAUCUUCAUGUCAGCUAUCAUAGCACUUCUCGCGGAAACGAAAUUCAUGUCAGCUACCCUAGUGCUCCUCAUGGUAACAAUAGCGUCUACUUUCCUCCUGCCCGUACUGACGAGAAUCCUAAUGCUAGCUAUCCUCCAUAUCAUGGCGCUCCUCAUCAUGGUACUAAUGGCGAAAACUUUCAAAAUCUGAAUGGGGAUCGUGCUCCUGCUCGUCGAGGCGGUAAUAUACAUGCCAGCUAUCCGAGCAUUUCGUAUGGUCUUCCUGCUAGUCACUAUGGCGCUUCUUACUAUGGAGGGAUGCCUCCCGGUACCAUUGCCUAUCUCUAAACUACAUAAAGA